AUGCUGGGCAUCCUGCUCCUCAGCGCCGACUUCACCACUUCGGCCCGGGCAGGCGCGGUCCUUCUGCAGCAAUAUGCUUCCAAACGCUUCGGGUGGGCCAUGGCCGAGACGUCAUUCCUAGCCUCCGUCAAGGGCGUCGUCAGCCUCUUCCUCACGGCGGUCGUUCUUCCCGCCGUCAGCCAGGUCUUGCUGGUACGGUUCAGGCUACCGCCCAUGAUCAAGGAUUGGUGGAUGACCAUCGGUAGCCUGUGUGCCGCUGUCCCUGGGGGUGCCUGUCUGACCGUCGCGGGGAGCAGCACCCUCUUCGUCACCAGCCUAGUCAUUCUUCAGCUGGGCGGCGGCUAUGAGUUCACGUUUGGCGGCAUGACGUCGGAGAUGGUGGACCCGUCUCAUAUUGCCGUGCUCUUUACCGUGCACUCCGUCUUCAUGAUGCUGAGUGAGGUCGCGGCUGGUGCCGUCCUCGCUGCCGUCUUUAGAAAGGGCCUCGAGCUCGGCAAUGGGUGGAAGGCUUUGCCGUUCUUUGUCGCAACCAUUCUAUUCUGCGUGACAUUGGUUAUUACAUACUCUGUGCGACUGGGUAAGCACUCGAAAAGGUAG